AUGCCAUUGACCGAGGGGCAGAAGCCCAGCGAAGCUGCUCCUCCCGAAGGAGAGAAGCCUAGCAAAAACGCCCUGAAAAAAGCUGCAAAAGAAAAAGAAAAAGCAGAGAAAGCAGCGAAAAGAGAACAGCAAGAACGAGAAGAGAAAGAGAAAGCUGCCGCCAACGACACAGCCAGUCAUCUCUACGGCCACCUCAACUACGAAGCGCCCCCUCCUUUUGCGGAAAAAUUCGUCGACCUAGAAGACCUCGAAAGUAUUGAAGAAGACAGCAGGGUCACGUUUGAAGCAAGAGUCGGCAAUGCGAGGGUGCAGUCUGCGAAGCUGGGCUUUCUUGUGUUGAAGGCUGGCUUCGACAGCAUCCAGGUUGUCAUUGCUGAAGGGGGAGGGCAGAGUAUUUCGAGGCAGAUGAUCAAGUGGUGUGGGGCUCUCCAUACGGAGUCCAUUGUACGAGUUACGGGUCUUAUUAAGGCGCCGAAGGAAGAGGUCAAAUCGACCACCAUAUCCCACCAUGAGCUCCAUCUCGAGAGUAUCUACAUCGUCGCUGAAGCUCCGGAGCAGCUCCCUAUCCAAGUAAAAGACUGCAAUCAACCUCCGCCCGGUGAAGAGGAGGGAGAAGCUGAGAAGGAGGGAAUGCCAAACGUGGGGCUCAAAGCGCGACUUGACAACAAAGUUCUAUCGCUGCGAGCACCUGCGAGUAAAGCUAUCAGGAGAUUGGAAAGCGAAGUCUCAAGGUUGUUCUUCGAGUACAUGAUCCAGCACAAGUUUACAGAUAUACAACCCUCAUACCUAGCCGGCGCAGCGACAGAAGGAGGGGCUGAAGUCUUUGAGGUCAAGUAUUUCGAGGAAAGGGCGUUCUUGACCCAGAGCCCGCAAUUUUUCAAGCAGAUGGCAAUAGCUGGGGGCAUGAAGAGGGUGUUCUCGAAAGGGCCCGUCUUCAGGGCCGAGAAUUCCAAUACGAAAAGACAUCUGACAGAAUUCACUGGCCUCGACUUCGAAAUGACCAUCCGACACCAUUACCACGAAGUCCUCUCUUUUGGCGAAAGUCUCAUGAUCUACAUCAUCCGCGGUCUACAAACACAAGAGUACCCCAAGAAGCUCACCAACAUCAUCAAGGAAGCCGGUUACCCCGAGGCUGGCACUUUCCAAUUACCACCUGGCGACCAAGCUAUUCGCAUUACAUUUGCGGAAGCGAAAGCGCUUCUGUCCGAAGCUGGGGUUGAGGCCGGGGAGCCGGAUUCGGACAUAGACACCGCACAGGAGAAGGCCCUCGGCAAGAUCAUGCUCGAAAAGUACAAAACCGACUUCUACACCGUCGACCAGUACCCGCGCUCCCUCCGCCCCUUCUACACGCACCCCUCCCCGCACGACCCCGCCCUCACAAACUCCUACGACUUCUUCAUGCGCGGACAGGAGAUCAUGUCCGGCGCGCAACGCAUCCACAUCCACGGCGAGCUCCUCGAAAGCAUGCGCAUGAAGGGGGUGUCGCCCGAGGACGAGGGGUACAGGCACUACACGGAAGCGUUCAAGUGGGGCUGCAGUCCGCAUGGCGGGGGCGGGUUGGGCAUGAACCGCAUCGUGCAGUAUUUCCUGGGGUUGAACAACAUCAGGGAGGCGGCGCUGUUUCCGAGGGACCCGGGGCGGUUGGCGCCGUAA